AUGCUUUGCUUCAAGGUUGUCCAGGAAUAUGAAAGAGCAGUCAUAUUUCGACUAGGAAGACUCUUGUCUGGUGGUGCAAAAGGACCAGGAAUAUUUUUUGUGCUACCGUGCAUUGAAAGCUAUACAAAAGUUGACCUGAGGACAUUAUCAUUUGAUGUACCCCCCCAGGAGGUGUUGAGCCGUGACAGUGUAACAGUUUCUGUUGAUGCAGUCGUCUACUACAGAGUAUCCAAUCCCACAAUUUCAGUGGCCAAUGUGGAAAAUGCACACCAUUCCACUCGUCUUUUGGCCCAGACCACACUGAGAAACAUGCUUGGCACAAAAAACUUAUCAGAAAUUCUAGCUGAUAGAGAGGCAGUCAGUCAAGGAAUGCAGUCUGCCCUUGAUGAAGCCACAGAGAACUGGGGAAUCCAUGUAGAGAGAGUUGCCAUCAAAGAUGUGCGAUUACCUGUGCAACUUCAAAGAGCUAUGGCUGCUGAAGCAGAAGCUUCCAGAGAAGCCAAGGCCAAGGUGAUAGCUGCUGAGGGUGAACACCAAGCCUCUCGAGCCCUCAAAGAAGCUGCAAACAUAAUCAAUGAAUCACCUUCUGCCUUACAGCUGCGCUACCUGCAAACUCUCAGCACCAUCUCGGCUGAAAAGAAUUCCACCAUUGUAUUCCCUCUGCCUAUUGAUAUGUUACAGCAGUUCAUGCGAUAA